CACCAGCUAAAAAAAAACCACACAAGACAAACCAGAACAGAAGUUUGAUUAUUAUAAAAGAUCAACCCACAUCUUUGCAUGGAUACCCGUGCUUUUAGGACCUGGCACUCAUUUGUCAUUACUCUUUCAACAACUGAGCUGAAUAUCGGGGUUCCUCUUGAGGACUUCCUAUUGCUGUCAACACAAAGCUGCAGCUACCAGCUUCUUUUCUCUAGAGGACAUCUUAUCAGUUAAAAGGGACGAGUAAGUCAACACAUUUUAGUUGUUACAAGAGAAAAGUCGGGUAUAAAACUAGAAGUUCAAACUAAGUUUUCAGUUAUUUUGUUUUAUUAGUGAAAAAAAAUCCAGUAUCCUGGAGCAUGAGAUGAAUUUUUAGUUUGCAUAAAACUAUUAAGGGUUAGCACCUUCUUUCUUUUAUUUAGGCAACCUCUUUGAAUUCUGUUAAAUGACACAUCUGUUCACAUUUAUUUAUUUAUCUAUCUAUUUCGACAUAGUUGUUUUUGAAACUAAGACUGAAACAAUUAGAUUGAAAAACCACUUACCUUAAGGAUUUGGGGACCGAGAGAUAAAACUGGUGCCGUGGCAUGAAACUGCACACAGAAGCAUCUCUGUCUGCAGAAAUUCUGUUUUUUCAUAUUUUCCCCAGUUUUAGGAUAAAAUUUGUUAAUAUCAGUGUCAGGAAAUGUUUUUGAGGAUGUUCUUGAUGUAGCUUUUCUUGUCACAAUUAAAAAAAUAUAAAAUCUUUUGGUAACAUGUUACAAUAAAGGUCCCUUAAAUUUAGGACAAAGUGCCGUGUGGGGGUGUCUUCUUAGUGCAUUACAAAAUAUGGUUGAGCAGUUGAUUUAAUAGUUUAUUAAUGAUUAAUAAUGCACUAAGUAAUGUUAGCAAAGGGACCCUUAUUGUAAAGUGUUGCCAUUCUGACAACCUCCUCAUUAAAAAUUAAUAUGGCCUGUAAAACGUCUAUAGAUAAAUUGCUGCAAAAAAGGUUACCAUAGAAACCCUCUAUUUUUGCAUAAGUAUUAUGGGAUAUAUGGGGUAUAAAUGGACAAGAAAUUGCAGUUUGCUAAUUUUGGUCAAUCUAACAUAAAAAAUGUCGAACAGAAGUUAACUUGAUGAAAUUCUUGUGGGAAAUAAAUUAACCCAGGCUUGACCCCACUUACACGUGAAGGUAAAAAACAUACGUAGCAAAAGUUCAUUUAUGUCAGUAAUUCAAAGGUGAAACUAUGAAGUCAUUAAAUGCAAACUCGCAUGUUUCAAGCAGUUUGUUAUACUUGUGAUUAUUAUGGCUUACAGCCUAAAACCAACAUCUCAGACAAUUAGAAUAUUACAUCAAAUCAAUAAAAUAAGGAUUUUAAAUGGAGAAAAGGUCCUAGCUCUGAAAAAGUAUGAUCAUGCAUAUGUACUUAUUACUGGUUUGGGCUCCUUUUGCUGAAAAGAAUGAAAUCUUGUACAAUAUUCUAAGUUCUGUCUGCAUCACCUGUACGUCUGUCUCAUCGGACCAAUCUCAAACCCAAAAACACUUCUUCUGGAGGCAGCAGAUCACAAUAACGCUUCAUUUAUUCAGUUAUAGUGCGAUAAACCAGUGAUAAAAUUAGAUAAAUGUUCAAGGAAAGCCCAAAACCUUUUGAUGUAGUUUUGGUGACUGAACUCAAAGCAAAGCGUCGUUAAUAAGUAGAUGCAGAAUUUAAAUAAAUGAUGGUUGUGUUUUUGUUUCAGAUUCCUGCAUUAAGACGAUUUUUUCCGUAAACUAAAACUAACGUUUUCUACUUGGAGAUGUCUUGCCAACAUGCUGUCAGCCACACAAACUUCUCCACAAACCAAACACACCAUGUGGUAAAGCUGAGCUCCCAAGAUUAUGUUAAAAUCUCCCUCCAUGGGAUAGUCUCCACCGUUGGCAUUGUGGAAAACCUCCUCAUCCUUGCAAUUGUGGGUUUCCGUGUCCGUCGCUCCAUCAUCAGCGUCUGGAUCCUGAAUCUGGCGGCGUCGGACCUGCUGGCCACGGCCUUCCUUCCCUUCUUCACCCUCUACAUGGCCCGUGGGAUGACCUGGACGUUGGGCCCGACCUUCUGCCGCAUCUACUCCUCCAUUUUUUUCCUCAACAUGUUUGUCAGUGCCUUCCUACUGGCGGCCAUUUCCCUGGAUCGCUGCCUGGUGGUGGUGAAACCAGUCUGGACCCAGAACCACAGAAGCAUCCAGGUGGUGAGGAAUGUAUGCUGGGUGAUUUGGACCUGUGCUGUGGUCUGCACUAUUCCGUUUUACAUGUUCCGUGAUGCCAUUCCUGGAGGCCCUGGUAAGGUUUUCUGCUACUACAACUACGCCAGAUUCCUCCCCAAAGAGCCGUACGACCUGAAAGCUUUGUGCAAACAGCGCAAAGAGGGCUUGGCUUUCAUGAAGCUUCUUCUAGGCUUCCUGAUCCCCCUCACCAUCAUCAUCAUCGGCUAUGUAACCGUGAGCCAAAGCUUGGCGCGUAGAGGCAGCCGGCGGCCUUUUCGUUUUGUUCGGCUUGUGGUGACCGUGGUGGUGGUCUUUGUCCUCUGCUGGGCUCCCUACCAUCUCUUCAUCAUCUUGGAGGUGCUGGCACCAAAAGGCAGUCCUACACAGAAGUUUGCCUCUGGAGCUCUUCCAACUGCAACAACAAUCGGCUUUCUGAACAGCACCAUCAACCCCGUCCUGUACGUGUUCAGCUGCCCCGACCUGUGUAACAAGAUCCGCCAGUCUCUCGGAGCGGUGAUGGAGAGCGUCAUGGCAGAAGAUCUGGGAGAGCUGUCCAGGCGGCGUAGCACUGCCCGCAGCUCCCUCAGUAACUCUGAGCUUAUGGUGAGGAAGAAAAGCUGUUCUACAGCUUUAGUUCUGAAGUAAAUAAAUAUAGAAAGUUUUUUGUUGUUUGAGUGUACAUCUCUCAGGAUUGAUGAGCCAAUGGCUAGUCAUGCCCCCAGCUGAUUGCUGGCAUCUUGCACAAUUAUUUUAAAAACUUUUAACCUCAAAGUUAAUUACAUUGGUUAUUAAAUAUCACCAACAGCAAAGUGGCAGCUCCUCUGGUUCAUCCCGGAGACAUUGGAACAGUUUUGAGAUGGCAGCAUCACUCACUGGAGUUGGGUCCCUCUUGACUAGAUGUUUUUGUUUCUCUUAAAUAUGGUCCAAAGCAAACUGCUGCUAUCUUAAAACAGCUCAAAUCUCACAUGAACCUGUGUGAAAUGUAGAUCAAAAACGUCUAAAGAAGGCAAAAGUUAAUUUUGGAGCAAGGUCCAUUGACAAGAUUGUGAUUUAUAUCAUAUCUCCCCUGUAUUGUGAUGUAUGUCCUGUUGUUUCUCCUAUCCUGUGAUACAUCUCUUAUUCACCUCUAUAUUGCUCUAUGUAUAUAGGAGUGACUAUUAUAUAUCAGGCCCUCACAAUCCUGGGAAUUUUUUGAAGCCAAAAGGAAGAAGUGGCAAAAAUUGCAGUUCCACCCUCAUCCACUAGGGGGCUGGCACCAGAAGUGAUCAAAUCCUCAUUGACUCCCAUGUUAAAAAAUGACAACUUCACAGCAGAAAUGGAUAGGUUUACAGCCUGGUUAAAAAUACAUUAUAGGUUUAAUAGAUGUAGUUGACAUUCGUGACGACUCUGAGGGGGGUGAUUUCUUUGUAACUCUUCUGUUUAAGUGGAAUGAAAUUCUUAAAAUUCAGAACAAUUAAUGAGCGUCAGAGCCACAUCACUGGGAGCAAGCUCCAGGGAAAGGCCUCAGCCUCAUGUUAAUAGAUGAAUGUUUGGCUAUUUCCACUUGCUGUACUUUAGUCGUGUUCUCUGUGUUUUGAUGUUAAUCAUGGAUAUAUUUAGAAAAACAGGACAAGCUGUGGUUAUUGACUGUAAAAUUAUAUUUCUGAACUUUAUUUCGCUGGUUGAAUGGGGGGAAAUGCUGCUUGCUCGAUGGGUUGAAAUAUAACGUGUUGGUGGGGCUGGCUGACUGGGUAGGGCUGCUCUACUGUGAUCAAAGUUUUGCGUGGUCACCGCUUGCAGAGAGGUUUGCUGAGUUUCGGGAACGUGCCUCUCCCUUUAACAGCACAGCUGCAGACUUGAGAUCAGAAAUCCACAAAUCUGUUGCUUCAUCCUUGCAAAGGAAGCCCAACAAGGCGGGCACCCAGCCCCUCCUGCCUCUCAGCUGGCAACAGCUGCUACACACAGGCGACCACAAGUUCCCAUCCUCCCUGGGGGCCCAGAUGCGCCGUGCAUCUGCCUGGCGUCCAUGCUAGGUUUUAGUUGUGCUGCUCUGAGGGAGUUUACAGAAACACCGCUGCGCUUUCAGUUGAUUUUGGCGUCGCUUUACCGCGUUUCUCUCACCAAUAGCUCCCGUGAAAACCUCCGUUAGCUUGAGUUAACACGUAGCUAAUCUCCCGCUGACCUCUGACCGAGGCGGAACAUUUUAUCACGUAAGCAGCCAGGGCACCCAGCUCUGAUCGGAGCGGUCUGAGGCUCUGCUUUUAUUUUAACAGUCCGUAUUCAAGCUCCACAAGCUACCAGCAUGACCACAGCCUCUCACAAAAGCACGGUGGCCGCGCAGGUGGGCCACUCCGGAGCUCCUUCUUGGCUUCUUGGGUUACUUAAGUCAGCUACAUUGGUUCAUUUGUUCCAACUGUAACAGCCCCACCCUCAGCUCCACCUCUUUUCCCAUCUUUGGAUUGUCUGGGCAUGAUGAGGUGUGUGAGAUGGCCAAACCGAUGGUGGUGGGAACCUCCCAUUUGGCUUCAAACCUGCCCCCAGAAAGCAAUGGGCGAGGUUUGUCCAUCCUUUUUAUAUGUCGAUGUUAUAUAUAUGUCAGUCACUCCUAAACUGUGAUAUAAUUCAUUUAACCAGAUCCGUCUUGCCAAUACACACAUCUAUAAUCAGUGGCAUGCAGUUUGUGCAUUUGACUCAUGUCAAGUGUGUUUCUGUGAGAAUGUUGCAAUGCAAAUUUCUGUCAGAUUGUGAUACGUUCAGUCAUAUUAUUAGAGCUUCUUGUUGUUAUAAUAACAUGCAUGCAUGAUUCUGAGGCUUUUAUUGAGAAACAACUGCUUGUUGGAUUUUUUUUUACUCUUUUGGCUGAGAAGCAUCUAGUUUCAUGUUGGGUGUUUAUGUAACAAUGUAGGAUCUAGACUGAAAACCCACAGGGUGAUGCAAAAUUUGUACUCUUGUUAUUCAAAACGUACUUCCUGUUUGAUUUCCUCAUUUGGUCCGACCAUUAACCAGUCAGUGUUUU